AUGAUGGAGAUGGGCCGCGUAUACAUUGACCACCAGCGAAUCCACCUGGAAAAAUUUUCACCCUUUCUGCAAUGUCAUAAAUGCCUACAGUUUGGACAUAUGAAGACGAGAUGCACCUCACAAGAGAGCUUCUGCUCCCACUGCGCCAGCAAUGAACACCAACUCAGUGACUGCCCCGUGAAAAAUAAUCGGAACACUGCAAAGUGCCGCAACUGCCACUCACAUAACACAAAAUUCAACGUCAAAGCAGAUUUCAAACACCCAGCCAAUUCGGACUCCUGCCCAAGACUUCGUGCCAUGAGGGACAGAAUCGCCAACAAAGUAGACUACAGAUCCGCUUAA